AUGUUAUAUUAUAAUAUUAAUUUGAUGGUGAAUAAUAAUAAUCAACAUUUAAAUGUGAUGGAGGACGGCGAGUUUGUUAAUAUGACGAUACCGAGUAAAGAGUUUGUGCAAUGGAUCAAACAAAUAGAAGUCGGUGUCGUUGGAGGUCGACUCAAUCAAAAGAUUAAAGAUACAUUCAAGUUACAGUUUAUGCAACCACCGCAUUAUCAAGGUAUACUAAACUUGUUACAUAUGUUGUGUUAUCACGAUAGGCAUGAUAAUACCUAUGGUUACACUAUAUGUGUAGAUUUAUUAUUGGAUUAUAUGUCAUUAAGAGACAAACAAGACAACAAGAUGGUAAACAAUGAUUAUAGUAGUGGUAGUGAUGACGAGGAUAUAUUUAGAAUUGGAACCAUUAAAUGGUUUAAUGAUACUUUAAAAGAAUAUGAUCGGACAAGUCUAUCAAAAUCAAAGUACAAAGAUACGAUUCCACAUUUAUUGGUUGCAUUGUCAAAGGUUAAGGUUAAACAACCACGCCCACAUCAAAACUCUUCAGAAUCGUUGGUAUUUGAAACAUUGGAUAUUAUUUGGAGACUACAUAUAUGGGGAGACAAAGAUAUUGCAAUGUUGCUGUCAAUCUUUAAACACUAUGAAUUGAACAAAGUACAUAGACCACUAAGAAAAGAGAUUAAACAUUUUAUUUUCGAUUAUUUACCAACAUCAUCAACACUUUGGUAUCAAUCAACCAAAGAUAUAGACUCAUUGUUCAAACAACUAAUCACCCAAGAUGCUUAUAAAGAUGAUUAUUUUAUUCCACCACAACAAUCAGGAUUAAAAGGAGGAGAACAAUUGGUCAACCAGAAAAGUAAAUCGACAAAAUUAGAAUCAUUGGUUUACCAAUAUUUUAAAAAUUCGUGUCACAAUAGACUACUAUCUGUGAUUCAAGAUUAUAGCACCAUUCUAUUAGACAACAACAACAACAACAACAACAAAAAAGAUUGGAAAGGUAAUUUAAUAUUUCUUAACAUAUUAAAUAUGACCGACCUUGCAAAAACCAAUUCAAAUUUUAGAAUGGAUCUUUAUUUACUCAAAAGGAUAUUAUUAACUGUAGAAACAAAUAAUUCAUAUGUUCAUUGUCAAGUGUUGGAGUUUUUAUCGAUACUCUUGGUGGAAAAUGAAACUCAUGCUUUGGAGAUUCAAGAUAUAAAAGAGGCGUAUAACUGUAUUAUUAAUAAUAAGGAAUCAAUUCAACCAAUGACAUUGUUUACUUUUCUUUGUCAUUUGGAUAAAAUAGAGUAUCCAAAAGUUCAUCAAGAUAUUAUUGAUAGAGUGUUUGAACUAUCACUUUUAUCAGGUAAUCCCCAAAUUAUCAAAAAAUCAAAGGAUAUCUUUUUAUAUUAUUUAUCAAAAAAAUCGACCAUCAAUCACUUGAUUCUUUCUCCAAAUUUAGACUAUAUAAUCAUUGAUCAAUUCCUAAGUCCACUAUCUUAUCACCAGCAGGAAGAUAUAUUCAUGGUGAUUAAUUAUCUCUUAAACAACAAAAAGAGAAGCAUGAUACUUCGAGGUAGUGUUCAACAAAACAAAAAUCUAACAUUAAUCAUCAAACAACUUUGUGAACACAAUAAUGUAAGCUUAUUGAAUCGAUUUAUGACGCAACAUCUUUUGGAUAGAAAAGACAUGUCCUUUGUCUACUUGCCCUGCUUGAUGAAAAGAAUAUUGGUAGGUUGGACUGCCGAUCUACCAACAAAGUCACUCUUGAUAGUAUUUGAAUUGUUUCAACAACAACGAGACAAAUUGUAUCCCUACAAAAACAAAUUAAUCAGUUUGGCCAACAAACAUACAGGAUCCCAAUCAAUACGUGUAUUUAUUCAGCUUUUAUGGAUUUGUGUCGAUUUAAAAGGUAUACACCAUCAAGAGACAAAUCAACUAUUUCAACUUGUACUAGAUAUAGUUCUUCAACCAAGGUAUAGACAAGUUGACCCACUCAAACAAUUGAUGCAAUGGUUAAUGGAUGCAAGUGGUGGUAGUGUACAACUACUAUCAGUUCGUCAAAGAUUAAAAAUAGUCGAUUGGAUCGAAUCAGGUAUCAUUAAAACAAAUCAAGAUGCCAAAGACAGUAGUUAUCAAAUGGGUGACCCUGAAUGGUUAACCCUUUUACGACAAUACUCUCAAUUGAUAAGUUUGACAACUAAAACAAUCUAUAAUGAUGAAUGUCAAGACGAAGGCUUCUUGAAUCCAUUGAUAUCAUUCUAUUUGGACAAUAUAUUAAUCUCUGUAUUAGUAUUGAAUCAAACCACUAAUGGUGGUAGUAGUGGUAUGAUGAAUAUCAAAUCUACACAACUAUUGGUUGAUAUAAUAGUACAAACGUGUAAUUCCCUUAAAUAUAUUAAUACAUCCAAUUCUUGUCAACCCCUCCUCACUUUAACAUCAUCUUUGGGAAGACAAGUAUCAUCCCAAGAAUUAAUUAAUAUUUCUCUCAAUAUCUUAAAAAACAAAAAUAAUAAUUAA